CUGCUCUCUAGUCUCUGCUGCUGGGUCUUGCCAUUGUGAAUGUGUGUGUAUGUGUGUGUGUGUACAUUUGCUUGUUGUGCUAGAGCCAUAAACUACAAUUUUUUUACAAAACGCCUCAUGUAAUUUGCCGUUAGUCGCACUCUCGUUUGUAAAUACAAUGAAGUUGUGGAUAGUGGUGCUUCACAUUGUUCUCGUAGGGACGAAUCUAUGGGCGACUGCACACUUUCAAGAUGACCCUACGGAAGACAAUGAAUUUGCUGAGUUUGAAGACUUUGAGGAAGAAAAGCCAAUAGUGGAAAAUGUGCCAAAAUCAGAGCAGCCAAUGCCUCAGUUUGAAGACGAAGAUAAGGAUGGUAAUUUUGAGGAGGACAAAGAGUCCAUCGAGGACGUGGACAAUGAAUUCGAGCAUUUUAAGGACAGAGAAGAAUUCGAAGGACUAGACAUGAAUGGAGGAAGUGCAGAUGCCAAAGUUCAGGAGCCAACUUUAGUAAUAACUAAGGUCCCUCUGCAUUUACAUGCGAGAUGGAAUGCCUUUUACCUUGAAAUAUUGAUGAUUGCUGGCCUAUUGGUUUAUUUUAUCAAUUACAUUGCAGGCAAAUCGAAAAAUUACCGUAUUGCCGAUAAUUGGUACAACGAUCAUAGGCAAAUUCUUUCAGAAAACUUUUCUUUGGUUGGAGACACAGGAAAAUCCAAUGACGAAGGCUCGAUCAAUGGACUUAUCAAAGAGAGCGAAUCUCAGUACAGUAUAUACUGCAGUGGGAGGGUCGGCUGUGACUGUCUAUUAAUAGAACUCAAGCUGAUCAAGAGGCAAGAUCUAGUUGCCCUGCUGUCCCACCUAGUGCGGCCACAGAAUGAUCAGGCUCAUUUGCGCAUCGAAUUAGCCAAAGAUGAGUCCGACAACUUUGUUUUGGCCGUGGCUGGCAAAAGAACCGCCAUGCACUUGUCCAAGGACAUGGCAGACAUCAGCGUAUACUGUCCAGAGAGACGAUCUGGUCAAAAAUUCAACUUACCAGCUGGAUUUUACGUCAUGUCUGAAAUUUCCGAAGCUACGUCUGCUAUCUUGGAUUCGAGAGUUUUUCAGGCAUUCAACAAAUACGGUCAAUACAUUGAUUACAUACAUAUCAGUGACCAGUACAGUGGACCAAAACAACAAGAGGAUACAAACCAACUAACUAUGCCCGAAGUGAAAAGAGUUCUAUUAGUUGGUAUAAAUAUCAGUAUUAAAGGUCGGCUGAAUACUAACGAUAAUCAAGAUAAAGUACGACCUCUACUUCAACUAACGUUCUAUUUACUCGAUAAAUUGCGUCGAUUCAGGCUUUCAAAAGAGGGCAAAAGUAAGACUGAUAAAAAUCGACAAAAAGUUGAAGAAGCAUUUUUGAAAACUACACACGCUGCCCGGGCGGAAGCUGCGUCCGCACGCCGCGAGGAGCGCCGUCGAGUUGAAAAGGAGCGUAUCCUUCAGGAGGAGGAUCCAGACAAGCAGAGAAAAUGGGAAGAGAAGGAGCAGCGUCGGCUUGCCAAAAAACGCGCCCCAAGGAUGAAGCAGCUCAAAGUUAAAGCUCUGUGAUCUCGAGAAGUUCACGCCAUAGAAGUUGCGUCGAGUUUUAUAUACUUACAAUUCCGAGUUAUCCUGUUGUGUUGAUGAUAACAGAAAUUGUGCGCGUAUAAUGAAGCAUCUCUGUUUGUUACGAUUUUGUAUCUCGUGGACUUUCAAUUUUUUUUUUUUUUUUUCGGCCAACGACGGAGCCUGUAAAGUCUUAGGUAAUGACUGUUUUCGAACAAAAUACCUAACUCAUAGGUAUUUCUCCUAUUCUUUUUUUCUUUCUUUCUUUUUUUUUCUCUUCAAAUAAGCAAUAAGCAUCAAGCCAACCAAAAGUCUGAAACGUAGUUUUUGAACAACGUAUACUUUCAUACGUCACAGUUACAUAAUAUUAUAUGCAUAGUACUUUCUCGACCAAGUGGGUGUGUACUUAUACUCGUAAUAUUACCAACAUCAACGAGCACACACUUGUUCGCAUUGACAUAGUUUAUUGUAAAUACUCUCGUGUCCAUGAAACUGCAAUCCGUGCAGUCGAAAGCUUUAAUAAACAUAUAUUUACAACAUCAAGU